UGGCUUUUUUUCUUUGGUCACUUCAGUUCUAUUUUGGAGCCUGCCUUCUCAAAGUGUAGUUCUCGUUCUCUCUGCUCUGAUCGAAAGAGUCAUUUCAAUGGCUUGGUUGAUCUAUCUUUCGUUCAGAGUUAGUUCCGUCGUACAUAUAAGCCCUUCGGGCUCUGUUAUAACAUUUGAAUUACUCCCCUACAUUUUUUAUUUAUUCGUAUCCUAUCUAUGAUAGACUUUUUUCUGAGCCUGUUUCCCGAGGACAAAGGAAACCGAGAUUUCUUAGUUUGGAUGCUUUUUCACGGUCUGCUUUGCCUCUCUUUGAUCUAUUUGAUCAUAGCUUUUUGAAUCGGAAAGAUAGAAAGGCUUUAGAUAAAUUCGCCGUCGAAAAAGGUCUUUCGAUACGUUUUAAGUCUUCUUUUUGGGGGGGUUGACUUGGAAAUACAUCAACCUACUGAUCGCUCUGGGGUAACUCCUUCUCCUACUCAAAUGGGAAGGAAAAGCCACCCCCGUCCCCGGCCCUUUUGUUUGCGGCAUUCCUCCGGUCAAAAGAAAAGAAUGGAAUAUAAAUUAUGUAUCUACUUAUCGUAUUUUUGCCCCUUAUCGGUAGUUCCUUUGCAGGUUUUUUCGGACGUUUUCUAGGAUCAGAAGGAAGCGCUAUAAUGACCACUAGUGUUAAUCUCGUGCUUUUUGCAAUAAUGAUUCUUGGAUUUCUCUUUCUUUUUCGUCUUUAUGGUAUUCGUCUUCGUAAGAAGUAUGGAUUAAAAUGUUUUCUUUUUGUGUAUAUAUCAGUUAUAUUUUGCAUUUAUUCCCUUUUCUAUUUUUUUCGCGUCUACUUAGUUUCUAACUUUAGUAGUUGUGCUGCUUUUUCUGGUUUGCUAAUUAUGUAUGCUUCGGAUGGGGGAAUCCUUCCCUCUUCCGGCGCAUCAAGUUCGGAAUCCUGCGUAAACCAAGUGCCUGGUGGGAAUGACGCGGGGCCGUCGAAUGUAGGUCCUUCUAAUGUGGAACCUGCUGCCAAUCCUGCAGAGGAACGUGAAUCCUCAACCUUUUCCGAAGCGAGCGUGAAUCAGCAGCCUGUGAUUCCCGAACUGGAACCUACUAUUUCCAACUGGAUAGAAGACGUUGAUCUUCCCCAGGAGUCCCCCUCGGAUACUAUCAACGAUCUUCGAGAUAAGUGUGCGAUUAUUCUAGAAUCCUUCUCGAAAAGCCAGUCCAGAGACCCCUUGACAUGGAAGGAUAUCGCACAACGCCUUGCUUUGGAGGGCAAGGAAACGACCGCUGAAGUGGGUGCCACCAGGGAAGACUUCCAACGUCUGCUUGGAGAAUUAAACAAUCCAGGAGAAAGCGACGUCUAUCUUCGGGUUUUAAAGGCCCUGGAGCAGCAUCCACGCUAAUGGGGCAACCAGACUCCUACCUAAUGAAUGCCA